GUUGCAUCGGAUUUGCAUCUCUUCUCUCGAAUGAUCUCCCUCCGCCUCCCCCUUUUCUUCUUCUUUUCUUUUUCUCUUCGCCAGGGAUUCUCUUCGAUCGGAGCGUUUCCGGUCCCCAUGAUUGGCCCCGUACAUCUGUCAUCAUUGCAUUCAGGCAAUUUCGUCCAGGCUUGGCUGAAUGGGUGGCGCCAAUGAUGCCACUGAUAGCGGCGGAUGGCGCAUCUCUGUUCAGCAUUGGAAUCGCGAGCGGUCUAUAAUGAUGUACAUCUUUUUUUUUUCUUUCCUUUGUCUUGAUUCAUCCCAAGUUGGCUUUUGGUUUCAUUUCUUUUUCCUUGUUAGUGGUUAUUUUUGGCCCGUCUAUCUUAGCUAGUCCCAUCCCAUGACAAUGUGACACGUCUAGUUCAGCUUCCACUCAAUGAAGUCGGUGAAUCCUUCUUUCUUUUCUUUCGGACAUGACAAGGAAAUUGUAUGGGCACCAACGGCCGCCAUCCAUUCCGUGGCUUCAUGCGAACCGCCUACGUGCAGAAUAGGACAAAGGAUCUUUCUAUCUCUUUCUUUCAUAGUUGGGUAGCUACGCCAUAUACACAGCAAGUUGUGCCUCACUAUAGCAACAACUAAGUAUACACUCGAUCCAUCCCCGAUCAACACCGACAAGAACCCACACGUCCAAUGAAGCCCCGUCCCGGAUAGUGUGUCUCCCCGCGAAACAUCCCGCUAAAGAGGAACAGACAGACAGACAGACAGACAGA